UUGAUAACACAUAACAGGUGCAAGUGCAUUAUCCAGGAGCUCUUAUCCAGCCACUGUGAAUACAUAGCUAUAUUUCUUUGUUAUUACAGAUUUAUUUUUGGCGUGAAAGUAUGGCUGAAGACAAGGUUUUAAAUUGGGGUAUAUGUGGUGCUGGGAAAAUCAGCAACGAUUUCUGUUCUGCAAUGAUGACAUUGAGCAGAUACGAAAGGGAACAUAAGAUAACUGCUAUUGCUGCCAGGUCCCAAGAAAAAGCCAAAAAGUUUGCAGAUAUAUUUGAAGCACCAAAAGCUUAUGGUUCUUAUAAAGAUGUAGCUAAUGACCCAGAUAUUGAAAUUGUUUACAUUGGAGUGAUACAUACAGAACAUGUCAGAUUGAGCAUGAUGAUGUUAGAGGCUGGAAAACAUGUGGUAUGUGAGAAACCAUUGGCAGCAACCUGGCAAGAAUGUAAAAAGGUCCUAGAUUAUGCAAAAGAGAAAAAAUUACUGUUCCUUGAGGCAGCUUGGAGUAGAUUUUUCCCAGUCUAUGAUGCAAUCAAGGAAGAAGCAAAUUCUGGGAAUCUUGGAGACAUUUCUAUGGUAACCACACAGUUUUGUAUACCUAUCAUGUCAGUAGAACGUUUACACAGGAAGGAUUUAAUGGGUGGUGUACUUCUAGAUAUAGGAAUCUACUGUAUACAGUUUGCAUGUCAUGUAUAUGGAGAGAUGCCAGAAAAGAUUAUUGCAACUGGUAGCCUAAAUGAGGAAGGUGUGGAUGAAGAUGGAUGUGUAAUAUUAUUAUACAGUGGUAAUAGGAAAGCUAGUUUGGUAUAUAGUGGUAAAACUGCCUCUGGAAACAAUACAGCUACUAUCAUGGGAUCAAAAGGUCAAAUUUUUAUUGAUGAUUGUUUCUGGUGUCCAAAGUCUGUAAAGCUGACAGAUACAACUGUGGAAAAUAAAAUACCUGAAGGUCCCUCACCAUAUAACUUUAUGAACAGUGGUGGACUACGAUAUGAAGCUGACCAUGCAUUUAAAUUAAUCAGAAGUGGUGAACUAGAUAGUCCUAAGUACGGAUACAAAGAUGUUGAGAUGGUUCACACAAUAAUUGAUGAGAUAUCCAAGCAGAUUGGAUUAAAAUAUUGAAGAGACCUGAAGGAUUAAAGGCAGACAAUGGAAUUGGAAAUAUUUGAUUGUUUGAAGGUAAACUUGACCUUUUCUGAAGUUUAUGGUUUUUAAAAUAUAUGACAUUUUUGUUAAUUUCAAAGAGAAAAUAAGUUUUUCAAAAGGUAUUAUGAAUUUAUAUGCAAGAGUUUUUAAAGACAUUGAAUGAAUUAAAAUUUUUAAUUGUAAAUGGUUUAAU